AUGAGUUAGUAAUACUUACCAUCAUUAUGCAAUGAGUUAGUAAUACUUACCGUCACGUUCAAGGUGUAAGGUCCCUUGUUUUUAACAAAUAGACGUCGUUGUUUUUUUAAAAAUCACAUGAUUCUACAGUCAUGUUGUCUAUAUUAUAUUCCUUCACUUUAUCGUUUUUGGAAUUCCACUCCGUCAAGAAUAGAUAGGGACCCCCUAUUGAAUCGAAAAAGCUAAAUUACGAUUUCUUAGCCGCCUCGAUGCAUUCGGUUUUAGAUUUGUACAAAACUCUGGAAGUCGCUAGGGUAAUCACACUCUGUUUGAAAAAUCCUCUGAAUUGCCAGCGAAAACCUCCCGACAAACAUGGUUUAAUCAUUUGCAUAAAACUACAGGUUUGAUUGUACCUAGUGUGUUCAACGAAUGGGUUGUCUCCGGGGUUCCAAGACUUCAAUAUUAAGUUGCAUCUAAAACAUUUUACGCGAUCGUAAGGUCCAAUAUAGAUAAAGCCAGCCUUGCUCAAAUUAUGAGGUGUCGGCUGCUUAUGCAUCCAGCAAUUAUCAAAGGUGGCCAGACGAUCGUUAUAGAGUAUAUAAGGAUCCAUCUUACUACACCAUUUAAAAACCCAACACCUAGAUCUAAAAAAAAAAAAAAAAAAAAAAAAAAAAUUGUUACAGUCAUGUACUUUUGAUUAUUAUUAAAACAAAUUUUCUGCUUUCUUAGAAUGGAUGCGUUUGAAACCUACACACACACUCAAUGGGGCGAAAUACUACAGAUUACAGACGAAUUUGAAUAUUGGACUGCAAGUCAAACCUUGGCCGUUAACGAAGCUCUAGACCACGUCGAGAAUGAAAAUCAUAAUGAAACACAGGGGGUUAAGCGGCAACUGUCUGACCCUGACACCGUGGAUGCCUCUGAAGAAGAAGAAAGGUUAGAAAAAAAACCCCGACCGGUGGUUAGUCCGAUAUUAUUUUCAGAUGACGAUAGCGACUUUGACACGUCGCAGAUUUGUCAAGUGGGGAGAGGUGGCGAAGAUUUAGUAAGGCUGAUUUCGGUGGAGCGCCGUUUUUCAAGAAAGUUUAAUAUCCAUUCCGAAUUAAUGAGAAUCGAAAUUAUAAACACGGAGGCGGUUACCACUCCUGACUGGCUAGAGCGGCUAUUCACUCAGAUAUUAGAGACCGUCAGAGAAAAUUUCAAUGUUCAGCCAAACGAGAGGGUAAGAAUACAACUAAAUCAUCCUGAUUUGGACAACCCCAUAUAUAUUGCGUUUAGACCUUACGAAGAACUAACUUUGGAAUUAAUCUUGGAAGAGAUUGCGAAAGUUAUGCAGUCAAAAAAAACACUAGUUAUUGACAAUCAAACUUCUAUAUCCGUAACCUAUGUAGCCUCUAAAGAGGGUGGUGCUUUUACAAAUAAGGUUCUUUUGAACGAGGCUUUUAUGAGUUCAAAAAAACGAACAUUUAUAUCACCAGUUGCCAACUAUGGUUAUCAAACUUGUUUCGGACAAUCUAUCGUCCUGGGUAUAAAUGAAAUUUCUUAUCGUAAGAAAAUUUCACCGACAGUCGAAGAAACUAAACAUUACAAACGUGUAGCAAACAAACGUAAGAAAAAACCGUUACAGAUUGCUAUGGCUAUGGAAAUGUAUCAAGAGUACGGGGUUAACCCGUUAGUGCCUACAGGUCGUCCUGAAUGGUGCAUAUUCCAAGAACACUUAAAAGCUAAAUAUCAAAUUGUCAUCUAUGACGCACAGAGUGCAAAUUGUGUCAUAUUCAGAGGUGUUGCGGAUCCCAAUGUACCCGUUUUAAGACUGUAUUUAAUGGAAAAACAUUUUUAUUAUAUAAAGAAAAUCAACAGCUUAUUUAAUCAAGCAUACUAUUGUCCAGCGUGUGAAAAACCAUAUUCGGAUAAGAAUAAACAUAUGUGUGUUAUAUGA